AUGAAUCUUGCUGUUAGCUCAACAACAUACGAUUGCUCCCUGGGUUCUGGCUCAGCUGUCUGCGCAACCAUUACCGCUACUCAGACCGAGUCCGUGAAGUCGCGAACCAUUCCUUCGUCGGAGAGUGAACGCUGGAUGACGCCUAUCACUUUUGUUGAUAUUCAGAAGAGAAAGACCACGAGUACCAAAUCAACAGCUUAUAAAGCAACAGAGACAGCGAGCAACAAGCUUUGCAAGAGGAAGAUACCCCAUGGAAGCUCGGACUCUGGAGACAGUGGAAGUAGUGGUGAUGACAGCAGUGGUUCUAGCAGCGGGUCCAAGAGCGGUUCUGGAUCUGCUGGCGAUGAUGAUGACGAUAGUGGCAGUUCGUCCGCGAGCCCUACGAAGAAGAAGAAUAAUGACGACGAUGGAUGUUCGGCAGGGUCUAUCACUUCUUGGAGCUGGGGGGUUAUGGCUGUUGGGCUGGGUGGCUUCCUUGGUAUCAAUCUGGUAUAA